UCAAAACGACAAUACUGAUUUAUUUAUCAGUGAAGAACAAAUAAAUAGAAACAAAUUAAACGAAUUAAAUACAGAAGUGAUUAUUAAAAAUGAAAUAUUUGAUGUGAGUGAAAGUGAUUCAAUAGAUUAUAAAGAACCAUUCAAAGGUGGACAAGAAGGAAUUAAAGAAGAAGGAAUACUUGAAGAAACUGAUAUUAAAAUGGAGAAUGAACGAAUUAAACUUGAACAACAAUUAAAUACUGAAUUAAUUAUUAAAGAUGAAAUAUUUGAUGGAAAUGAUUUAGAAUUUCAUUCGACUAAAAAUGAAGAAACAUUUUUAACAUGUGAAGUGUGUGAUAAAACUUUUAAUAAAAAACACCAUUUAACUAGCCAUAAACGAACUCAUACUGAUAAAAAACGUUUUUCAUGUGAAGUGUGUGAUAAAUCAUUUAAUAGAAAAAUCGAUUUAAUUGUGCAUGAACGAAUUCAUACAGGCGAAAAACCUUAUACAUGUGAAAUGUGUGAUAAAACAUUUGCGCGGGAUUCUUAUUUAAUUCAACAUAAACGAAUUCAUACAGGUGAAAAACCUUUUCCAUGUGAAGUGUGUGAUAAAUCAUUUAAUAGAAAAAUCGAUUUAAUUGUGCAUAAACGAAUUCAUACAGGUGAAAAACCUUAUUCAUGUGAAAUGUGUGAUAAAACAUUUACGUAUAACAGUGCUUUAACUUCCCAUAAACGAACUCAUACAGGUGAAAAACCUUUUUCAUGUGAACUGUGUGAUAAAUCAUUUACUAAGAAAAUCACCUUAAUUCGGCAUGAACGAAUUCAUACUGGGGAAAAACCUUAUUCAUGUGAAAUGUGUGAUAAAACAUUUACACAGACCAGUCAUUUAAUUCAACAUAAACGAACUCAUACUGGGGAAAAACCAUUUUCCUGUGAACUGUGUGAUAAAACAUUUACGUAUAAGAGUGCUUUAACUUCCCAUAAACGAACUCAUACAGGUGAAAAACCUUUUUCAUGUGAAGUGUGUGAUAAAUCAUUUAAAAAAAAACGCGAUUUAAUUCGACAUGAACGAACUCAUACAGGAGAAAAACCUUUUCCAUGUAAAGUGUGUGAUAAAUCAUUUAAUAAGAAAACCGACUUAAUUCGGCAUGAACGAAUUCAUACUGGGGAAAAACCAUUUUCAUGUGACAUGUGUGAUAAAACAUUUGCACUGGCCAGUAAUUUAAUUCGACAUAAACGAAUUCAUACAGGUGAAAAACCUUUUUCAUGUGAACUGUGUGAUAAAUCAUUUAAAACAAAAAGCGAUUUUAUUCGGCAUGAACGAAUUCAUACUGGGGAAAAACCUUUUUCAUGUGACAUGUGUGAUAAAACAUUUGCACAGACCAGUCAUUUAAUUCGACAUAAACGAACUCAUACUGGGAAAAAACCAUUUUCCUGUGAACUGUGUGAUAAAACAUUUAAACAAAAAAACAGUUUAAUUCAUCAUGAACGAACUCAUACUGGGUCACCAUGUACUCCAGAUCUUCGAUUAUCCUAG